GGUGCAGCCAGGAACGGCGGUGGUGCUCCGUACGGCGGGUCGGAUUUAGUCAACCAAUAUCACCUCUCCUUGUCCAGGAUUCUCUUUUUUCAUUACAUUUGGGAUUAUUUCUGCUCUGGUAUUUAAUCGCCACACGGCAUCCAGUCAUUGAUAUAGGCUAAUCAGUGUUAGACCACGGCUUCCCCGCGGCUAUGGAUUGACUUCAAGCCUCCCUCAGCCCUCUAAGUUCAUGACAACAAUCAGCCGUGGUCUCCGCUUCUCCACACCUCUACAGGCUGACUAGCCUACAUGUUCCACAGAUCAGUUGCAAAGCCAGCUGUGCCCUAAUGUUUAUUUAACAUUAUCAUUGUGGAACACUGAACUUUUUUUUACGAGCCCCUGGGUCGGUGGGGGAUUACAAACACUGAUUUUCCCGGAGGUUUUUUGAAGCUGUAAACAUUUAUCUUGUGAAAAGUGAUGGCGGAGCGGGGACUACGGCUGCUCAUCUCUUUCUUCUGUCUCACCUGUCUUUGCUCCACCGCCGUGGCUCGACAAGCCGACAAAGGCUCCGCCCUCAGGCGCUUUACACCCUUUGGGUUCUGGACAGAGCCAGCCGACACGCUGGCCGUGCGCGGAGCUCCCGCCCUGCUGAACUGCUCGGUGCAGGCCGACGCCCCCGUCCGGCUGCAGUGGAGGAAAGACGGCACCUUCCUCAACCUGGCGUCUGCCGAGCGCCGGCAGCUCCUGCCCGACGGCUCCCUGCUCAUCGGCAGCGUGCUCCACUCCAAGCACAACAAGCCGGAUGAAGGCCUGUACCAGUGCGUGGCCACCAUCGACAGCCUGGGGACCAUCGGCAGCCGCUAUGCACGCCUCACUGUCGCAAGUCUUCCCAGGUUCUCCAGCCAGCCGGAGGCGGCGUCUGUUCGGCAGGGGGACAGCGAGGUCAUGAACUGCGAGGUGACCCCUGACCUCGUGACCUUCACCCAUUGGGAGCGUAACGGACAGCCUGUGGAGUUGGACGACAGGAUCGUGCAGCUGCCCAGCGCCGCCCUGGUGAUCAGCAAUGCCUCGGAGGCAGACGCAGGCCUGUACCGCUGUGUGGUAGAGAACAUGGGACCAGGGAAAACCAGUGACGAGGCCGAACUCAAGGUCCUUCCAGAAACGGAAGUGGAUAGGAAGCUGGAGUUCCUACGGAAACCGGUUCCCGUGACAAAAGUAGCAGGUGACAAUAUACUGAUUCCCUGCGUGGUAACAGGGUUUCCCGUGCCCAGCGUGCGGUGGAUCCUGGGAGACGAGCGCGUUGACGAAAGUGUGGGGCGGUUCAAGGUGGUGGGUGGUGGCAGUCUUCAGAUCCUCAAUCUGACCGCAGAGGAUGCUGGGAUAUACAGCUGCAUGGCGGAGAAUGGAAACGAGACCAUCGAGGCCCAGGCAGAGUUGACUGUUCAAGUUCCCCCCCGCUUCCUGAAGAGACCCGCCAACAUGUACGCGCACGAGUCCAUGGACGUCGUCUUUGAGUGCGAGGUGACGGGCACCCCUCCUCCCACCAUUCAGUGGGUGAAGAACGGAGACGCGGUCAUCCCCAGUGAUUACUUCAGGAUCAUUAGAGAGCAGUACCUGCAGGUCCAAGGUUUGGUAAAGUCGGACGAGGGGUUUUACCAGUGCGUGGCCCAGAAUGAGGCGGGCAAUGUGCAGGCCAGUGCCCAACUCAUCGUCCUGGACCAUGGCUCCCAUGGCAACGCUGGCCCCACCCCCUCUGCCCCGCGGGAUGUUGUGGCCUCACUGGUCUCCACCCGUUUUGUCAAACUGACCUGGCGCCCACCAGCUGAACCCCAUGGGGAUAACAUCACCUACACUGUGUACUACAGCCAGGAGGACACCAACAGAGAGAGAGUCAUGAACACCAGUCGCCCGGGGGAGCUACAGGUUACCAUCCAGAACCUGCAACCUGACACCAAGUAUUUGUUCCGAGUGGUGGCACUGAACUGGAAUGGCCCAGGAGAGAGCUCCGUCACCCUGCCUGUGUCAACCCAAGCUGAGGUUCAGGUACCAGGCCCUGCCCCUCACCUGCAGGCUGUUUCCUCGUCCCCCACCUCCGUUAGCCUGAGCUGGGAAACCCCCCUGACGGGGAACGGAGAUAUCCUGUCCUACAAGUUGUACUACAUGGAGAAAGGCCUGGGCAAUGAGCAGGAUCUGGAUGUGGCAGGCCUGUCCUACACACUGACCGGGCUAAAGAAGUUCACAGAAUACAGCUUUCGGGUCGUGGCAUACAACAAGCACGGCCCUGGGGUGUCCACCGAAGAUGUGGGGGUGCGGACGCUGUCCGAUGUUCCAAGUGCAGCCCCUCAGAACCUCACCUUGGAGGUGCAGGACUCAAAGAGCAUCAUGGUCCGAUGGCUGCCCCCACCCCCUGGGACUCAUAAUGGCGAGAUCAUUGGCUACAAGAUCCGCUACAGGAGAAGCGUGCGGAAGAGUGAGGUGGCGGAGAUCACAGUCGGGCCUCAGCUCUUCCACCUUGUAGAUGGUUUGGAGCGCGGGGCAGAGUACACCUUCAGAGUGACCGCUGCCACAGUAAACGGAAGUGGGCCAGCAAGUGACUGGGUCACUGCAGAGACCUUUGAGAGUGACCUGGAUGAGACCCGCGUGCCAGACGUGCCGAGCUCACUGCACGUGCGGCCGCUUGUCAACAGCAUCGUGGUGAGCUGGACGCCGCCACAGAACCAGGAUAUCGUGGUGCGCGGCUACACCAUCGGAUACGGCAUUGGAAGCCCCCAUGCCCAGACGGUCAAAGUGGACUACAAGCAGCGAUACUACAGCAUUGACAAUCUGGAUCCCAGCUCCCACUAUGUGAUCACCCUGAAGGCCUUCAACAACAUGGGGGAGGGCAUCCCGUUGUAUGAGAGCGCUGUCACCAGGCCACAGUCAGACCCCAUAGACCCUGAUGUUGAUUUGUAUGAACUGUUCCAUGUGCCGUACACCCCAGCCCCCGACCCCUCCCCCAUGCUGCCCCCCGUGGGCGUUCAGGCCUCCGUCCUCAGCCAUGACACCAUCAAGGUCACGUGGGCCGACAACUCGCUGCCCAAAAACCAGAGGAUCACAGACACCCGCUACUACACAGUGCGCUGGAAGACCAACAUCCCCGCCAACACCAAGGUCAAGACUGCCAACACCACCAGUCUCAGCCACAUGGUGACGGGGCUGAAGCCCAACACGCUGUACGAGUUCUCUGUCAUGGUGACCAAGGGCCGGAGGGCCAGCACCUGGAGCAUGACUGCCCAGGGGACCACCUUUGAGAGCAUUCCCAGCACUGCCCCAAAAGAUGUGACGGUGGUGAGCAAGGAGGGGCGGCCUCGGACAAUCAUUAUCAACUGGCAGCCACCAUUAGAGGCCAACGGCAAGAUCACAGGGUACAUAAUCUACUACAGCACAGAUGUGAACGCAGAGGUACAUGACUGGGUGAUCGAGCCUGUUGUGGGGAACCGGCUGACCCACCAGAUCCAGGACCUGACCCUGGACACUUCCUACUACUUCAAGAUCCAGGCCCGCAACUCCAAGGGCAUGGGACCCAUGUCUGAGCCUGUGCACUUCCGCACUCCCAAAGCUGAACCCUCUGACAAAAUGGCUAAUGACCAAGCAUCUGGUACCCCAGUGAGGCCAGGUGCCCGCCCCCCUGCUGUGGACCACGGCGUUGGAUCCCCCGUUGGAAAGCCAGGCGUGACGGGCACCAGUGACAGUCACAUCCUGAUCAUCGUCAUCAUCGUCUCUGUGGGAGUCUUCACCAUUGUGGUGCUGGUGCUGGGGGCCUUCCUGUGCACACGCCGCACCUCCUCGCAGCAGAAAAAGAAAAGGGCAGCAAGCAAGUCUGCCACAAGCUCCCACAAGUACAAGAGCAGCUGCAAGGAUCUGAAGCCCCCAGACCUCUGGAUUCACCACGAGAGGAUGGAACUCAAGCGCCUGGAGAAAUCUCCUGAACCCAACCCCACCGUGACGGACACGCCCAUCGCCCACACCUCCCAGGACAUUACGCCCAUCGACGCCGCUGGGGACAACCCCACCCACCAGAGGCGCAACUCAUACCGCGGCCAUGAGUCAGAGGACAGCCUGUCUGUGUUAACAGGACGUCAGGGGUCAAGACCCAAAAUCACCAUGCCAUUUGAUGCACAGCCCCCUCAACCUGUGGUUAGUGCUCACCCCAUCCAUUCUCUCCAUAACCAUCACCACCAACCACCCCCGGGCAGCCUGGCCCCCCUGACUGGCAGCCUCCAUUACCAGCUUCCCCCCCCUGCCCCCCUCCCACACAAACAUGACUCCACAGAAUCAGUGAGGAGCCCCCCCAGCAAAGACCCCCCAGCUGCAUCAGCCCCUACCAGCAGCGCAACCGAUGGCCCGGAGCCCGAGGGCCACACCCACGGCCCCGCCCCCAGCGAGGAGCCCGGCUACAACCCCCCCACGGCACAUGUUCGCCCCACUCACCCGCUCAAGAGCUUUGGCAUGCCAGCAACUCCUGCCCAUAACCCCGCCUUUGACUCACCAGCCCUGCCCACCACUUCCCUGCUUCCGCAGCCAGGACCCUCCUCCCAGCUGCAUGGGGUGAAGACAGCCCCUGUCAGCACGCUGGCCAGGACACGCGCUCCCAUGCCCGUCAUAGUGCCCAGCAGCUCACGACCGGACGAGCUAACAGAAGAGAUGGCUCACCUGGAAGGGUUAAUGAAGGAUUUGAAUGUUAUCACUAACUGA